CCCUGUGCAUCUCUCUCUCUCUCUCUCUCUCUCUCUCCCGGGUAAUUUUACUUCCCCACCCCCAUAUACUCUCUCUGACUCUUUCUCUCUCCCGGUUGAUUUGAUCCGGGUUCUUUUCAUCUCAUCUUCCAACUGUUUAAACUUUAAAGCUGCUAUCUGCCACACUUUUCAACAACUAUUUUUCACAGUUUUGGUGAUAAUUUUGGAGAUCAUGUCUAACUAUGAUCUUGUUCUUGGGCAAAGACGAGACAUGCCAAUGGUACAGAAUCAGCAUAUGGGAUUAAGCCAUGAUCAUAAUCUAGAUAUGGGAGGAUUAGGACAGACCAGUGAACACGAACAAGAGCACGAUCUAGAUUUGGGACAGGACGGUGAUAAUGAUUUAGAACUAGGCCAUGGUCAUGAUCGUCAAUUACUGCUGGACCAUGAAUUUGGUUUACCUCAUGGUGAGAGCCAAGGCCAUGGACAUGAAAAUGAAUAUGAUCACCAUGAUGAAAAUGAUACUGGAUAUGAUCAUGAGAAUAGUAAUGGAAAUGUCAUAGAUCCUGGUGGAGAAAAUGGCCAAGGUAUGGAUCGAGAUGAUACUGGGAUGGAUCAACAUGAUCAUCAAAUGGUUGUCUCUGCAGAAAACCACGACCUAGAUAUAUCUGCAAAUCAUGGUUUGACUGUUGUAGAGAACCAUGAACUUAAUGACCACUUGGAUCUUGUCCACCAAAAUCAUAAUAUGGAUCUGUCUCAGCUUGUGGUUACUACUCCAAUUAUGCAAAAUCGAACCCUUGUUCCUGCUCCUACGCAUGAAUUGGCUGUUGGGCAAGAGUUUCCUGAUGUCAAGAACUGUCGUAGGGCACUGAGGGACUGUGCAAUUGCUCUCCAUUUUGAGAUACAAACAGUUAAAUCUGAUAAAACUCGCUUCACCGCUAAAUGUGCAAGUGAGGGAUGCCCUUGGAGGAUUCAUGCUGCAAAACUACCAGGUGUUCCUACCUUCACAAUUAGGACAAUACAUGCCGAACAUAACUGUGGUGGAAUUGCUCAUCUUGGUCAUCAACAAGCUUCGGUCCAGUGGGUCGCAAGUUCUGUGGAACAGCACCUUAAGGAAAAUCCUCAAUGCAAGCCAAAGGAGAUACUAGAAGAGAUCCAUCGUGUUCACGGAAUCACUUUAUCAUACAAACAAGCCUGGAGAGGAAAAGAACGUAUCAUGGCUUCCCUGCGAGGGUCAUUUGAAGAAGAUUAUCGUCUACUUCCACAAUACUGUGAACAAAUCAGACGGACCAAUCCUGGAAGCAUUGCAUCAGUUUAUGUAAAUUCUACGGAUAGUUGUUUCCAACGCCUGUUUGUUUCGUUUCAGGCCUCGAUAUAUGGUUUCUUAAAUGCAUGUAGGCCACUGAUUGGGCUUGAUCGGACUGUUUUGAAAAGCAAGUACCUUGGAACAUUGCUAUUUGCUACUGGUUUUGAUGGUGAGGGUGCACUCUUUCCAUUGGCAUUUGGGGUAGUAGAUGAUGAAAAUGAUGAUAACUGGAUGUGGUUCCUUUCUGAGUUACAUCACCUGUUAGAAAUCAACACUGAGAACAUGCCUAAACUUACAAUUUUAUCUGACAGGCAAAAAAGUAUUGUUGAUGGAGUUGAAGUGAACUUCCCAACUGCGUUCCAUGGAUUCUGUAUGCAUCAUCUCACAGAAAGUUUCAGAAAAGAGUUUAACAAUGCCGUGCUUGUUAACCUUCUUUGGGAAGCUGCUAGUGCUCUUACGGUCAUAGAAUAUGAAGGGAAAAUUUUGGAGAUUGAAGAGAUAUCACAGGAAGCUGCUUAUUGGAUCCGUCGGAUCCCACCCCGUUUGUGGGCCACUGCAUAUUUUGAGGGUACGCGAUUCGGGCACUUGACUGCCAACAUAGUUGAAUCAUUGAAUACAUGGAUACUUGAGGCCUCGGGGCUUCCAAUAAUUCAAAUGAUGGAGUGCAUCCGCAGACAACUGAUGACUUGGUUUAAUGAGAGACGGGAAGUUAGUACGCAGUGGACAUCUAUACUUGUACCUGGUGCUGAGAGACGUGUAUCAGAAGCUCUUGAGCAUGCACGAACUUAUCAAGUGCUCCGAGCUAAUGAGGCAGAAUUCGAAGUCAUAUCUCAUGAAGGAAGUAAUAUUGUGGAUAUUCGAAACCGGUGUUGUCUAUGUCGAGGAUGGCAGUUGUAUGGUCUUCCAUGUUCUCAUGCAGUUGCAGCUCUCCUCUCUUGUAGACAAAAUGUUCAUCGAUUUACUGAGAGCUGUUUUACAGUAGUAAAUUACCGCAAAACGUACUCUCAGACGUUGCACCCUGUUCCGGACAGGAGCCUGUGGAGGGAGAUGUCAGAGGGAUCUGAAGCUGUUGAUAUUCUGAUAAACCCGCCAAAGUCACUUCGACCACCAGGAAGGCCAAGGAAAAGACGAGUACGUGCAGAAGAUAAAGGUCGUGUGAAGCGGGUUGUGCAUUGCAGCCGAUGCAACCAGACUGGGCACUUUAGAACAACUUGUUCAGCCCCUAUUUAGGUUUUAAUAAUACAGAAAUAUGUAAUUUUCUUAUUUUUGUAAAAAAUGAAGAAGAAAGAAGAAAGUUUCUCUAUAUAUUGGAGGUUUAAAUGAA